CGCGCACUGCGCAAGCCUAGAAGUGAGCCGGCCGCAACCGGACGCGCUUUUUUUAACGUACCACAAGUUGCUUGAUUCAUUGUGUUUACCAUAUGUACAUGUACAGUACGUGUACAGAAUACAUGUACACAAAUCAUGCAUAUACAGCACAUCGAGGUGCCGAUUCUGUAUCUCUUGACCUCUGAACCGCAUGCGUCAUGUAGGACAUUUGUACACAACUCUAUGCAUAUUUAGGCCGUGUCCGCAACGGCCUUGCAGAGCUACGGCUAGGUCUGUUGUCUGCGCGUCUCCACCAUUUCCAAUGUUGGAGCGAAGACCUAGCUCUCAACAAGAUAGCUGAUGCAUGGUACGGAAAAAAAUCACUCAACCGCACCAAACACCGAACGCGUACGGUCCGUAUACGACGGACUGCAUGCUACUCAGGAAGCAAUGCAACGAGCGAGGGAGGUGAUGACUAGACUAAUACUAGUACUAGUACUAGUGCUAUGAACAUGGCCACGGCAUCUAACAUGUCUAAACGGCAAGUCGGAAUUGUUGGAUUUGGUCAUCUAGGUAAAUCUAUUCUUUAGCACUUUCUUGGAUGAGAUGUUGGGCUGAAAUUGAGAAAAAUGCAGUUGAUCAACUCUUUUAGCACCCUAAUUACUGCUGUCGUGUGACACGGAUGAUCAUCAUCAUGAUGAUCUAUGCUUACUUCGAGAACUCAAGUCACUACUUUGUCAUACUCUGGGACUUCUGCUCAAGGGCAGUAUCUUUACCAGGCAAUUAAAGACAGUGCAGAUCAAGAGGUUGCUUUUGUUUGGAACAGAACAUCGUUGACCACGCAUGAAACGGUGGAAGGACAUCAUAUACUAGAAGACCUGUCCUUGUUUGCUGACCGGAAGCCAGAUUUAAUUGUAGAAGUCGCCCAUCCUAUCAUAUCAAGCCAGUAUGGAGAAGCAUUUCUGGCUGUUGCAGAUUACAUGGUUGGGUCACCCACAGCUUUGGCCAAUCAGGAAGUAGAAGACAAGCUCCGAAAAGCUGCAAAGCAUCAUGGGCUGUACAUUCCAAGUGGGGCCUUGUGGGGUAGCAGCGACAUUCAAAAGAUGGCUGAUAGGGGCACAUUACAGGCAUUGACUGUUACAAUGAAGAAACACCCCAACAGCUUCAAGUUGAACAGUCCUUUGAAAGACAAGAACGAUGCAGUCACAGAUUGUGAAACAGUGCUGUAUGAAGGUCCAGUGCGUUCCUUGUGCCCUCUGGCUCCCAACAAUGUCAACACUAUGGCAGCCGCAGCCAUGGCUGCACACAAUCUUGGCUUUGAUAAGGUGCAAGGGCGACUUCUGGCAGAUCCUAGCUUGACAGACUGGCAUGUUGUUGAAGUGGAUGUCACAGGACCAGGUGAUGUUGCAGCGGGCAGUGCAUUCACAGUCUCAACAGUUCGCAAAAACCCUGCCAAGGUCGGCAAAGUCACCGGCAGUGCAACGUAUGCCUCCUUCCUAAGCAGUGUGUCACGAGCCCAUGGACGGGGUGCUGGAGUGCACCUAUGCUGACACUGGUGUUUGCCUAAGAGUUUUCAUUGCUGAGCCAAGACUCGGCAGAGAAUUGUCUCUGUCCGGACUGUUUGCCAGUUGCUGCACACACCUGCUUGCAAGAGUUCGCCACCGCUGGCCUGCCAAGAAGUUUUGAUUCUUGAGCCUGGACUGUCCUCAGAAGGCUGCCAAGCUAUCGUCAGGGCAAGCUCCAAAAAUGAACAUCUGUGACUUUGCAGAAUCUGUCUACAGUACCCUGUCCUCAGCAACCACUGGCUGACGAGCUUUAUAAGCUGAAUUACAUCACAUGACAAAAUAUCUUUGUUAUGCAAAAUUUGAAAGAGUAUGCUGAGUACACCUGCCCAAUUGGCACCCUGCAUUCCAUGAACUGUAUCUUGUCAUCUUUUUUUUUUUAAUUUGCUAAUCCAGCACUCAGAUAUUUUCUCAAAGCUUCAUGUUUUUAACCGCAGUAUUUUUUCUGACAACAUUGUCAUUUCAUUUCAAGUUUAAUUGACAUUGUCAAAACUAAGUUUCUUUUGCUGUAUAAAUGUUUCUUGACCAUUGAGAAAGAGCCUGAUUGGAUCAAACUUCCCACUCCGUGCACUGAUGCUACUAUUUUCUCCCUCAAGCUGCCAUCAGGUUUGGGUUUUGCCCAAUGACAAAAUGAAGCUAUUGCUGUGUCAGUUAAAUCACAGAAUAAAAUAUACUGAGCCUUUGAUAGAACCAAACACUGCCAAAGAAAAAUUCUGGCCACAAAUGGCCUCAGAUAGUUUUCAUGCCUUGCUCAAUUUCAGUUACAGCGGGGUUACCUCAGCUUGUCUUUACCAAAGUGCUGUGUACGUCUUCUUUUGACAUAGACCACCAAACAUCACAAAGUCCCAACCUAUGAGAAUGAGACUAUCAGAGAUUGGCUUCUGUGAUGGUUAUCAACCAGUGGAAAGAUAUCAGCAAAAAUCCCAUUUUAUAGGUCAUUCCUUAAUAAUGUUCUUGCUCUUGUAACAAAAGCUAGCAAAAUUGAUAAGCAUUUUUAUCAUAAAAGAGGAAAAUGAAAGGGUGCCAAAGGUAAUAUACACUGUAACAGAAGCUGUGCCACCAGAAUGCAGUUUUGUUAAGUGUAUACUUAGCCACAAAGGUUACAGUAUCUAGCAAACAGUAAAAGCAGAGUCUCCAUUCAGACGAAAUUUCUGUACAUGUAUUACACCUUAUGAAUUAAUGAAAACUUAUCUUCUAUGUUCUCCCUCGGACACAGGAAACGAUCCAUAGUGGUACAACAGUAAACUGACGAUCCACUCUCUGAAUGCUUAACACGAGUAUAAACAUACUUUGCAGGGGCGAGAUUCUCAGGUUUUUAGCUGAUUUCAGCUGUUGUGGAUUUUAGCUUUUUUCCCUCACUGGCUGUGUACAAAAGUAUAGGAGAUAUUCACAGUUCAAUUUCCUUAUGCCUUUUUCAGUUGUUUUCAGCACCCCUGACUUCGAAAGGUAUGGGCCUAACAUCCACUGUUACAUCAGAUGAGUGUUGUCUUUGUUUUUCCUCUUGCAGUUGAACCUCAUUCAUAAGAGGUCCUGUGGACUUUGCAGAUUGUGAUGUUAUAACAGUAUCCUCGUAUUAUCAGGAAUGAAAAAUAAAGGAUUGAGAUCUGAGAAUUUCCUUGCUAUAAUUAGCAGGAUGUUG